AUGAAUUUCUUCAUUGUCACUUUCAGACUUGUUUCGAAGAAAGAAAAAGCGAAGAUGAAGCCAAGUGGAAAACAGAAUUUAGACGCGCCUGAUCGUGAAGAACCAGGAAGUGUGCGAAAUACUGGAAAACUUUCUGGGAAUUUAUCUGAAGCCGCUUCCAUCAAGGCUAUUUCUCCAUUAGACGUAGAGAAAACUCCAGCAUCUUCUUUGAGAGUAGAAGGAACGUCAAGCGAAGCUGAUAUCUCAGCAAAGGGAAAUUUGCACGACUCCGAUUACCUCACAUGA